AUGGAUUGGAAGACUUUAGAAUCCCUUCUCAGUGGAGUGAGUAAGUACUCCACUGGUUUUGGGCGCAUCUGGCUGACCUUGGUGUUCAUGUUCCGCGUCAUGGUCUUUGUUGUAGCUGCAGAGCGUGUGUGGGUUGAUGAUCAAAAGGAUUUUGAUUGUGACACAAAAAGACCUGGCUGCCCCAAUGCCUGUUACAACUACUACUUCCCCAUAGUGCACACACGACUCUGGGCCUUACAACUCAUCUUUGUUACCUGCCCAUCCUUUUUGGUCGCGAUGCAUGUGUGGUACCGUGAAGAUCGUGAGCGCAAGUACCGCCUAACGCAUGGUGAUGAGGCAAAACUCUAUGACAACCCUGGGCAGAAGCAUGGUGGUCUGUGGUGGACUUAUCUCAUCAGUCUUUUUGUCAAGACAGGAGUGGAGAUAGGAUUUCUCUACCUGCUACAUAGUCUCUACAACAACUUUGACAUGCCCCGCAGCGUGGUGUGUGAUGUUGAACCCUGCAGACAUGCGACCUGCUACAUAGCUAGACCGACUGAGAAAAGGGUCUUCACUUACUUCAUGGUGGGGGCUUCAGCUAUCUGCAUAAUACUGAACGUGUCUGAGAUCUUCUACCUGAUCGGCAUGCGUAUUUUGCAUUUUACUCAAAAGGGACGCAGUGUCACCUCACGCAAAAAGUGUAACCAACCAGGAUGUGAUGAGUGUAACUUACCAUUAAGCUCAAUAGACUACAAGACAGCGUGUCCUGAAAAGUCAGAAAAGCAAUUGUAA